CGGAGAGUGGAGAGUGCAGAGCUUUGCUGUUUGCUGUUUAAUUCCUUUAAGUGCAUUUAUGUUACGGGUGCUGUGCGUCUAUUCAAAUUCAGCCAUAAACACUGGAAUAUUCCCAUCAGGCUCCACUGAAGAGUUUAUUGAAGGACAGCGAGAACAUGAGUGAUCCAGAACCCUGCAAAAUCAAAAAUGAAGACUCUGAACAACAAAUAGACCUAAUUGAAGAGAAUGAGGGGAGUAAACAGGAGGAACAUCAUGUCAAAAUUGAGGACAAAAUUAAUUUACAGACUGAUGGUAUUUUGAAAAGGAGAGACAAGAAUUGUUUCCCCUGCACUCAGUGUGGAAAGAGUUUUGGAAGAAAAGACCAUCUUAAGAUUCACAUGAUGAUCCACACUGGAGAGAAACCAUUCACAUGCACUCAGUGUGGGAAGAGUUUCAUCCAAUCAUCAUCCCUUACUCUACACAUGAUGAACCACACUGGAGAGAAACCAUUCACAUGCACUCAGUGUGGGAAGAGUUUCAGCCAAUCAUCAAACUUUAAUCUACACAUGAGGAUCCACACCGGAGAGAAACCAUUCACUUGCACUCAGUGUGGGAAAAGUUUUAACUGCUCAUCACACCUUAAUCAACACAUGAGGAUACACACUGGAGAGAAACCAUUCACAUGCACUCAGUGUGGGAAAAGUUUUAACUGCUCAUCACACCUUAAUCAACACAUGAGGAUACACACUGGAGAGAAACCAUUCACAUGCUCUCAGUGUGGGAAGAGUUUCAGCCAAUUGUCAAACUUUAAUUUACACAUGAGGAUUCACACUGGAGAGAAACCAUUCACAUGCUCUCUGUGUGGGAAGAGUUUCAGCCAAUCAUUAUCCCUUAAUCUACACAUGAUGAACCACACUGGAGAGAAACCAUUCACAUGCACUCAGUGUGGGAAGUGUUUCAUCCGCUCAUCAUCCCUUAAUGUACACAUGAGGAUCCACACUGGAGAGAAACCAUUCACUUGCACCAAGUGUGGGAAGAGUUUUAACUGCUCAUCACACCUUAAUCUACACAUGAGGAUCCACACUGGAGAAAAACCAUUCACAUGCACUCAGUGUGGGAAGAGUUUCAGCCAGUUAUCACACCAUAAUCUACACAUGAGGAUCCACACUGGAGAGAAACCAUUCACAUGCACUCAGUGUGGGAAGAGUUUCAGCCAAUUAUCAUCUCUUAAUCAACACAUAAGGAUCCACACUGGAGAGAAACCUUUCACAUGCACUCAGUGUGGGAAGAGUUAUAUCCGCUCAUCAUCCCUUAAUCUACACAUGAGGAUCCACACUGGAGAGAAACCAUUCACAUGCACUCAGUGUGGGAAGAGUUUCAGCCAGUCAACACACCUUGAUGAACACAUGAUGAUCCACACUGGAGAGAAACCAUUCACGUGCACUCAGUGUGGGAAGAGUUUCAACCGUUCAUCAAACCUUAAUCUACACAUGAGGAUCCACACUGGAGAGAAACCAUUCACAUGCACUCAAUGUGGGAAGAGUUUCAACCGUUCAUCAAACCUUAAUCUACACAUGAGGAUCCACACUGGAGAGAAACCAUUCACUUGCACUCAGUGUGGGAAGAGUUUCAGCCAAUCAUCAUCUCUUAAUCAACACAUGAGGAUCCACACUGGAGAGAAACUAUUCACUUGCACUCAGUGUGGGAAGAGUUUCAGCCGAUCAUCAUCCCUUAAUCUUCACUUGAGGAUUCACACUGGAGAGAAACCAUUCACAUGCACUCAGUGUGGUAAGAGCUUCAGCCAAUCAUCAUCCCAUAAUCUACACAUGAGGAUCCACAGUGGAGAGAAACUUUUCAAUUGCACUUAAGCUGCAGUCACACUGGACUUUUCUCCCCAUAGACUUCCAUUCAUAUGCACGCGAAUGCGUCAGACUGGAAACACAAGUUCAUGCGUAGUUUCGCAGUUCACUGCGUUGCAAAGUUCAAGCUUGGUGAACUCUGACCUGCGAACUUGCAUCGCUUGACUGUGUGAGACCAAUCGAAGAUCAAAAUAUGACCUCUCUGCACCAAAAUGUAAAAUAUGGACCAAUCACUCACUCUUUUAAUGUCUAAUCAUUUUGUUUAAUCCCGCCCCUUUUCGCAGCGCCGUACGUAAGAAUUUUGCAUGCUCAAACUCUAGUGUGACCGCAGCUUCAGCGUAGGAUGCAUUUCAGCAACUCCUCAGACCUUAAUAAACACAUGAAGAUCCACACUGGUGUGAAAGAGUAUAUGUGCUUUGACAGCUCCAAAAUUGACCGCACCAGACGUUUCACACUGGAGAGACCAUACAAGUGUUCACACUGUGACAAGAGGUUUAAUCAGUUAACACAUCUGAAAACAGAAGAGGAUUCACACUGGAGAGAAAACCAUACAGAUCUGAUCAAUGUCUACAGAGUUUAGCUCAUUCGGCGCAGCUUAAGAAACACAUGGACAGAAAGUUGCACACAUGACAUGAAUGCUGCAAAACAUUUUCUCAUGUGCACAGGAUGUUUCAUGUCUGAAUAAUGUUUGAAAUGGCUGAGUGACGAUAUACUGUUUUCCAACACUCCUACACUGCAGUAGGUGUGGUUGUAAAUGUGUUGCGCUCCUCGCAUUUACCGUAAACACAAUGAUGGUGGCUGAGAGAAGAACAGUUUCAUAAACAUCUGGCAAACAGCA